AUGGACAAUGAGUGGUUGAGUUGGUGGAAACGGAGACAAACCUGCGCUGGUUUAGUUGCUUUAGGGGGCUUUGCGGAGUACGGAGUACUGGAGAGGGAGAACGCCCCAGACCUGCCAGAGUGCCAGGUUGCAGCGGACCCAAACGUUGACAAAGAAGAACCAACAAUCCCAGAUAGUGAAGAACGCGAGGAACUAGCCAAAAGGAGACAGACUGGUACAGGGUCAGGUAAGCAAGGAAUGGGCCGAGACAAAGCAGCAACGGCUUUCCCACUCAGCAAGCACGCUGCGCUUCCACGCAGAUUCAAGCGCCUUGUUCUGCUAUCAAUCGGUCUCAGAAUGGGAGACGGUGACCGAUCAACAUGUUCGGGAGACAGCGUAAUUUCGGCCGUAGCAAAUGCUGAGAAGCCUAUAAUCCGUUCUAUCGCCCUGCAGCGGUAUCAGCGCCUCCAGGCGUUAUGUCAUCCCCUGAGACGCAUCAAUUGGGGAUUUGCUUUUCCCACAUUGCGAUCGGUCAUUUUGGCCGAGACUUUCAACCAGCCACAGCGUCUACGAACGAUCUGUGUUGGUGGGGUGUCCUGGUCAGCGGCUCUUGAACUUGACGGAAUUAAUGUUGACCCGUACUACUAUGCUCUGUACAGUAAUAACCCUUUCACUACUCCGGACAGCGACUACUGUCUCUAUCGGCGCAAGUGGUCUACUGUACUCUUAGACAUCAUCCGAUGUGUACCCUUCUUCAGACUACUCCAUCCAAAGUAUGAAUCUUUCAGAUUGCUCAUGGAUAAAGGGCUUGGUGCCGCAUGA